GUAGGUUUUUGUUUUUUGUUUUUGGUACAUGGCUUUGUUUUUCUUCUCUAUUGUAACCAAAACGACAGCGUUUACAUUGUGUUUAUUUCAGUGUUUACCAUGAAAGAGGGUUUUGGAAAGGUUUAACCCAAAAUUGAAAACGAAGCAAAAUCAACAUGAGAAAACUCUUGAAAUCGAUCGCGUUGUUCUCUCACAUCGCUCGUCGAUCUUCACCUUCUUUCUCUUCUCUUCGUGAUGCAUCUUUCAACCCAAUUAUCAUCCCCAACAAAUUCGUAUCCAUCCCAUUUCAACGAAAAUUCUCCUCCAGACAACAAAAAAUCGCUGAAAAAUCACAUCUUGAAGAAGCUUUUGAGUCUGCAGAAACCACCGAAGAAAUGCUCAAAGCGUUCAGUGAUAUGGAAGUUGCAUUCAAUGAGAAAGAGCUUGGUUUAGCUUCUUUGAAAAUUGGACUUAAACUUGAUCGAGACGGCGAAGAUCCUGAAAAAGCUCUUUCCUUUGCUAAUAGAGCUUUGAGAGCUUUUGAUAAUGAUAAUAAACCUUCUUUGCCUUUUGCAAUGACUUUGCAAUUAAUGGGUUCUGUUAAUUAUGGUUUGAAUAGGUUUAGUGAUAGUUUAGGGUAUCUUAAUAGGGCUAAUAGGGUUUUGGGUUGGUUGGAGAACGAGGGUGUUAGUGCUGAUGAUGUUAGGCCUGUGCUUCAUGCUGUGCAACUUGAGCUGGCUAAUGUUAAGACUGCUAUGGGAAGGAGGGAAGAGGCUCUUGAGAAUCUUAGGAAGUGUUUGGAGAUUAAAGAGAUGACUUUUGAGGAAGAUAGUAAGGAAUUAGGUAAAGGGAAUCGUGACUUAGCAGAAGCUUAUGCUGCGGUUUUGAGCUUUAAGGAGGCGCUUCCUUAUUGUUUGAAGGCGUUGGAUAUACAUACCAAAUGUUUGGGGACGAAUUCUGUGGAGGUUGCGCAUGAUAGGAAACUUCUUGGGAUUGUGUAUUGUGGGUUGGAGGAACAUGAGAAGGCGUUGGAGCAGAAUGUUUUGGCGCAAAGGAUUUUGAAGAAUUGGAAUCUUAAUUCUGAUUUGUUGCGCGCUGAAGUUGAUGCUGCUAAUAUGAUGAUUGCUUUGGGGAGAUACGAUGAGGCUGUCGGUGCUUUGAGGAAUAUUGUAUAUCAGACUGAAGAGGACAGUGAGACUCGAGCUCUUGUGCUCAUAUCAAUGGCGAAAGCAUUGUGUAAUCAGGAAAAGUUUGCAGACUGCAAAAGGUGUUUAGAGACUUCUCUUGGGGUUCUCGACAAAAGAGAACAGGUUGCGCCGGUGGAAGUUGCUGAGGCGUACUCGGAGAUAUCCAUGCUAUAUGAAACCAUGAAUGAGUUCGAAACUGCAAUUUCAUUGCUGAAGAGGGCACUGGCUUUGCUUGAGAAACUCCCGCAAGAGCAGCACUCUGAGGGAAAUGUAUCUGCAAGAAUCGGAUGGUUAUUGUUGCUCACAGGUAAGGUGAAACAGGCUAUUCCUUAUUUGGAAAGUGCCGCUGAAAGGUUGAAAGAUAGCUUUGGUCCCAAGCAUUUUGGAGUGGGUUAUAUCUACAACAAUUUGGGGGCAGCAUAUUUAGAGUUGGAUAGACCUCAGUCAGCAGCGCAGAUGUUCGCGGUAGCAAAAGAUAUCAUGGAGGUUUCUCUUGGUCCACACCAUGCAGAUACAAUUGAAGCAUGUCAGAACCUCUCGAAGGCUUAUGGUGAAACGGGAAGCUAUGCCCUUGCAGUUGAGUUUCAACAGCAAGUCAUUGAUGCGUGGGAAAGCCAUGGAGCAAGUGCAGAAGAAGAACUUAGAGAAGCUUUACGACUUCUUGAACAAUUAAAGAGCAAAGCCCGUGGCGCCUCUGCAAAUGAGAUUCCAUUGAGGGCUCUUCCCUUACCUAAUAAUAAACCUGCAGCCUCUUCAAAAAAAAAUAAUAAACCUGCAGCAUCCAAUAUCUCCCAGCCUGACAUACCGUUACGUCAAUCCCGGAAAGUUUAGCAGAACUCCUCUUUCACAACACCAUUGCAUAUUUUAAUGACUGUCUAUGGUACUGAUAUAAAGUUUGUUUAACAACACCAAUAAGAUUGCUUAUAUAAUUUAUUUGACUAGUUUAUAAGUUUUGUUUGACCGAAUUGGUUGCUGGUUUUGAAAUUUUCAUACAGAUUGUGUAAAAUUACACCGUUGCUAUACCAAAAUCACAUAUUUUGGGUUUGUCA